CAGUUGAUUUCUUGAUUCCCGCGGAGACGCAACCGCGCGGUCCAACCGCCGAAACGAGCGUCCGAAACGCCGACUCGAAAUAUUUUUUUUAACUCCCAAAAUAAACCUGUGUUGUGACAAUUAUGUUCCUAUAGUUAUAAGUGUUUUUGAAUAUGGAAAAAAUGGAAAGGAAAAGCUAAUCACCAACAAUCUCAAAUAUAUUAAUCACCAACAAUCUUAAACAACUUAAUCACCAAUUAUCUAUAAAAAUGUUUCGUCCGUCACUAACCCGUGGCGUGAGCGUGGACUCAGCUGAUGUGUCGGGCUAUGCCAGGAGCCGACGCGCUUCGUUGUCGGCCGAACAGCGGCGCAAGCUGAGCAUGCUGCGCUCAGCCAGCAUCCCUUCGCCGUUGACGCCGGUGAGCCACAUUUACCAUUUGGUACCCUGCCCGAGAAAAGACUGUAAUCAGAAAUAUGUCGUCAGCACAGACAGGAGCGGAGAUAUCCAUGUUCAUGUGCAAGGAAUAAUACCACAACCAAACAAGGGCGACCUAAGUCAACAGGAUAAACGAUGCGUUUUCCUGACAGUGCACGAUCUUGGGACCAACCACUCGACAAUGGUUGACUUCGUGAACAGCCCAGCGAUGUCGGAGAUCAAGGAACGUUCGUGUUUCAUCCAUGUGGAUGUACCAGGGCAUGAGGAAGGGUCACCAGAUUUGCCUGACUCGUACCAAUUCCCUUCACUCCAAACCCUAGGCGAGGACCUGAUAACAGUCUUAGACUUUCUCCAUGUCCGUUACGCUGUUGGCUUAGGUGAAGGCGCCGGAGCCAAUGUCCUGGCCAGAUGCGGCCUGGCCCAUCCUAGGCGACUCCUAGGACUCAUCCUGGUGAACUGCACAGCAUCAACAUCGUCCGUAGCUGAUGCAUUUAGGAGCAGGUUUUCAAGAUGGCGCGGAGCCGACAUUUCUCAGUCUGAAGAGGAUUUCCUUAUUUACCACAAGUUUGGCCACGUGAGUUUUGAACCAGAACAGCUUGAUUAUAGCUAUCAGCAAAUAUCAAGUGACUCCUGCGAGGCGGGUGAGCGCGACCGCAUGUUGACGGAGUACCGCUCGCGCCUGCGCGGUAACCUCAACACGCAUAAUAUCAAGCAGUACGUCAGGGCGUUCAUCAAUCGCAAGGACCUGGUCCUCCGUGGCUGCCAGCCUGACAUUCUGCUGAUCACGGGCAUGCUGAGUCCCUACUCCACCGUCAUCGAGAAGAUGUACAAGGAGUUGGAUAAGGAGAGGGUCACCAUACUCAAGGUGGACAGAGCUGGAGAUGUGCUUGCUGAGACUCCAGCCAAGAUAGCACAGUCCCUCCUACUGUUCUGCCAAGGCCAGGGCCUGCUGACGUCCCUGCCCCCGCCCGGGGUGGAGCGGCGCAUGUCUCGCGCCAUGUCCAUGGAGGAGUACGACAAGCCCAACAUCCGCCGCCUGUCGCUCACCCCGGCGCAGCCCGACUCCCCGCACAGGAAGCUCUAGCUGAUCCGCGGGGACUCCUUGAAAGAGGAGACCGUGUGAGCCUUAUGCCCUUGCAAUAAGGCCGGUUUUUGUCUGAAGGUUUUGGGAGUUGGGGCGUUCUGGAAUUUCGUUGUAGGUGUAUUCUUCUGUGCAGAAGAAAUGUCUGGUAUAUAAUAGUACAGGAUUGCUUAAGUUUAUUUUCUGCUGUAUGUAUGUAUGUUAAAGAUGAUUCGAAACGCCCUUCCUCCUAAAAUGACCUGAUAUCAGAUUUAAUAUGUCUAUAAACUGUAUGUUUGGUGUAGAAUCUGUAAUAGUGAAUUAAAAUGUUAUGUCGGUGUUGCAUUAGCAUAAAUUAAUAAACAUAUCGAAUAUAAUGUUGUCCUUUGUGCGAUGAAAUAGAGAAAAUAUUUCAAUCAUUACAAGGUGUUCAACAUCAAGCUUUCAUAUUUCCUGAGGACCCUGCAAGAAUUUAUCAACAGAUAAUACUUAUGUGCAAAAUAGAUGUUAUCACAGUGUAUUUUGGUAGUAAUAUUCUUAUAAAUGUUAUACAAUAAUUUUGAAAAGUUUUAGGGGCCUUCAGGUCAAUAGAUCAAGUUUGUAGGAUAGAGCACCUUUGUCAAUGUGUAGGUAUUGUGUCAGUCUAAGUAAACGCGUUGUCUAAAAUAUCACAGUUUAGCUCAGCUGUUUUAGGAUUCAGUCACACGCGAGACCGUCUGUAGUGGUUUCGGCAUGGUUAGGCUGUUUCUAUAGAAGAACAAAAAGAAACCUCUGUUUACAUACCAUUGCAGAAAAUUAUCAAAGACGCAAGGUCUAAACUUUUAUACCAAACCAGUUUAUUUUUAAAUAUUGUGUAUUUUCCUAUUUAUUAUACGAAUGUUAUAUUUUGAUAAAGCUUUAUUUAUAGAAGCUUGAGAUGUGAUUUUUAUUAUUGUAAUCAUAUUAUAAAUUAUGGCAAUUUUCAAUGAAAAUUAAGGCCCGCUUUUUGUGAAAUGUGAAUUCUAUUGGAUGAAUGGAAGAUCUUUUUACCGACUUCUCAAAAAGGAGGUUCUCAAUUCGGAUGUUUGUAUGUUUUUACGGUAUAUGGACCAAUGUCUAUAUCAUCACAAAAUAUUAGAGUAGGUAAUAUUUUAUGCACAUUCGAAGGUUGACUAGCAAUUGGAAAAGCAGUUAAACUGAAGGUUUACAGCUUUUGUGGGCAUAAAAAUCAUGACCUUCUGAGCUAGGAUUUCUUAUUCGAAUACACGAAACUUACUCAAGUGAUCGGCUUGCAGAACAGAAUUAUCUGGCAAAUGACAAAAUAAAUAUCCCAAUCAAAAAUACCGUGAGCAAAAACUACUGAAAAUUACACAAGUUUCGAGUGUUCUAAAUACAAUCAGUGGGCUCUUGCUGUUUUACCAAUCGCUAGUUUCAAACUUACCUUUUAAAGCAAAAUUGUGGAGAGUAAUAUUUAUUUUCGUUGUGUUUUUUGUUUUGUAAAUGAUGUAAAGAUAUAUUUUACUAUGUUAAGAGUUAUUUACUAUUCUAGUAUUAUGUACAAAGUACCUAUGUUUUGAAUAGAAUUUAUAAAUAUUAGAUUGUAUGUUAUAAUUCACAAUAAAUAUUUACUGUAGAA